AACAUGGCAAAGGGAAAGAAAAAGAGUGCUAAAAAGAGAGAUAUCAAAUCAGAACAGAAGUCAGAAGAAGUUGUUGCUGAUAAAUCUCUAAAUAUUCCUUUAAAAACAGAGGGUCUAGCUAUUCCUAAAUCAGGUCUAGAACCUAGCAAAGGGAGCGAAGACCUUGUGCUAAAGCACAAGGUCUUUCACAUGCCUGCUUUAGCUAAUGAUAUUUAUAUUACCAGAAAUAAGCCAUUAAUAGUCUACCAAAAGAGACUCGAAAAAUUGUUCUUUAACCUGAACUAUCAAGCAGUAAAAGUGUAUGCUACUGGAGCUGCAAUAAAUACUGCAUGAAAAUUGAUACUUUACGCUAAGAGAAGUCUUGGUUGCCAAAAAGAGCCCAGAAUAAUAACUUACUCAGUACCGGCUUGAUCUACCUCUCAGCAGGUCAAGGCUGCUUCCUUGGCUCCCAUUGAAGAGACAUCCACUAAGGUAAUCUCAGCACUAGCAGUAAAACUUUUAAGAAAAGAGUUCAAUUCCUCUCUAAGCAAGGACAAAUAAAACCCA